UAUUUUUGGUCCGUCGAGCCGGAUUUUCAGAUUCCAGAAAGUAUUUUCUAGUUUCGUUUCCAUUUUCUAUUGCGUACAUACGUACCUACCUAGUUUCUUUGUUCAUUUUCGUGUUCGCCAUCUUUGCCACGCAUAAUGUCGGACGAUGAAAUAGUGAAGGAAUCUCGCGUAUCAGAGAAUAUUCCUUUUUCCAAGAGUAAUCUUUCAUAUCAACAAGAUGUUUUCGAGCGAGAAGUAAUCUUAGACGAUUUGAAACGUACCCUGCAGUUCGCAACCACCGAUGAACAAAAGUUUCGUUCGCGAACUAUCGAUAUAAAUUCUCAUCAAAAAAAGUUUAGCAAAUUGCAAACUAAAAUUGAGAAAUAUUUGAUGCUUAAUAACUUGUUUAAUAAGGAAGAGCAGAUCAAAAUUCGUAACGAUUUCGAUGACUAUUAUCAUGCUAUUAUUACGCAUUCUAAUAAACUUAAAAGGGCAGACGAGCAGUGCAGACGCGCUAGUAGUUUACCUUUAAUUCAAUUAAAGAAAUCGAAUACCAAUGCAAAAUUGCCAAAAUUGUCUUUACCCACUUUUUCUGGUAAUUACGCUGACUGGAAUUCAUACCGGGAUUUAUAUGAUUCACUCGUACAUUGCAAUACUGACUACACUAAUGUCGAAAAAUUCCGUUACUUACUUCUUACAUUAAAAUACGAACCUUAUAAUCUAAUUAAAUCAAUUUCUAUUACGGAGGAUAACUAUCAAGGAGCUUAUGAUAUUUUAAUAAAACGGUACGACAAUAAGAGAAAAAUCGCAACCCAUCAUCUUGAAAAAAUUUUAGAUAUCGAACCGUGUAAUGAUAAAAAUAUUAAUUCUUUGCGUAUUUUCCUAAAUACUUAUCACGAACAUAUUAAAGCCCUUGAAGCCUUAAAUUUUGAUUUUCAGAACAAUUUAGAGUGGAGUUUUAUCAUAGUGACAAUUUUAUUGCGUAAAAUACCUAUUUCAUUCCGUAGAGAGUUCGAACGAAAGUUACCAUUGCAUACGAGUAUACCCGCGGUUGAAAGUUUAAUUACCUUCCUUGAGCAUGAAUUGGCCGCAUGCGAAAUUUCUAAUCCCAAUUGUGGGCAGUUUACAAAAACUGCGUCGGACAAUUUGAAUUCCAAGCAGUUCCGUAGUGGAAGCGCUAGCAGUGGUGCCAACAUGAUGAACAAAUCAUUUGCGCACAAGCGAACAUUCGCAGCUGGCUUCACGCCACAAAAUAUCGAGUCCGCGUAUUCUGCAAGCAAUAUUGAAUCUAAUAUACAAGGUGCGAAGGCGUAUAGUUGUUUGUUGUGUGAUGCUCAACAUACGUUGACAAAAUGUUCUAAGUUUCUUAACCUUACCCCUUCGGAAAGGUAUUCUUUUAUACAAGAAAAAAAUGUGUGUUUUAAUUGUUUGCAUGUAGGUCAUGACGUAAGACAUUGCAAAUCUAGUUUCGUUUGUCGUUCCUGCAAAAAACGUCAUCAUACUUUAUUGCACUUUGAGAGUAACAAACAGUCCUUAAGCUGUAUGAAUGAACCCGGUUCACUCACGCAAGGUGGUUCUUUGAACGAUAAUAAUUCUAUUUCGCUUUCUCCCAACAAGAAUGUUUAUGCGUCCUCCUCGGACACUUCUAUUAUGAAAACCUCGGAUAGUGGGCAAGUGGCGAUGACUUCAUCCGUGGUAGGGGAUCGCUCGCGCGCAAUUUCAUCCAAGGCGCCUUUUGUUCGAACGGGUACCGUUCUACUGUCAACCGCACUCGUCGAUGUAUGUGUUAACAAUACGAAGCGAUCGACUGUGCGUUGUCUUAUUGAUACCGGUAGUCAAGUAUCUUUUAUUUCGGAGGCUUGUGUACAGCGUUUAAACAUAGCUAAAAAACAUGUAAACUUUCCACCUGUUUUCGGUAUUAACGAAGAUAAACCGGUACAUCCUAAAGGUGCUGUUUUCUUUCAAGUUGCGCCGAGAAAUAAAUCAAGUCCGAUUGUUAACAUUAAUGCGUUAGUUUUGCCAAAGUUAAUGACAACAAAUAUGCCUGCGUGCCCACUCCCUUCUACAGGGUGGUCACAUAUUGAAAAUUUGACCUUAGCUGACCCUGAAUUUUAUACUCCACAACCCGUGGAAGUUUUACUCGGUGCUGACGUACUCUCUGAGAUUUUAUUGUAUAACACUAUAACGGGUUUACCAGGGUCACCCAUUGCUAUGAAUAGCAUUUUUGGUUAUCUUCUUUUGGGAAAGAUAGAUUUCGAUUCAGUUUCGAUUUCAACCCCUAUUCAUGCGUGUCACAGCUCCUUCUCCGAGGACUUUGACCUUAAGCGCUUUUGGGAACUGGAAUCAGUUUCAGAACAAAAGUCUCUCACUCCUGACGAACUUUUGUGUGAGAAAAUUUAUAAUGAUACACACAUACGUGAUGAUUCCGGACGGUACGUGGUGGCGCUGCCGUUUAAACCCGACGCACCGCCACUCGGCGAAUCCCGGGAUAUUGCUGUUGCUAGGUUCCGUAAAUUGGAGUGCAAACUCGAACGCAAUCCGCAGCUCAAACGCGAUUACCACGCUUGCCUCCAAGAGUAUAUUGAUCUCGAUCAUAUGGAGUCUGUGGAUAGUCAAGCAGCUGUAUCGAGCUCGUACUAUAUUCCGCACCACGCCGUGGUCAACCAAUCGAGUGAAACCACAAAAACCAGAGUAGUCUAUGAUGCAAGUUGCAAGACUACCCAAGGAAAUUCCUUGAAUGAUAUUUUAUUAGUCGGACAAAAGCUUCAUUUAGACAUUGUCGAUGUCUUAUUAAAGUUUCGCAUUCAUUCUAUUGUUUUUACCGCGGACAUCAAACAAAUGUAUCGCAACAUUUUAAUUCGGGAGCAAGACAGGGAUUUCCAACGUAUAGUAUGGCGCUCAUCUCCUCAAGAUCCACUGCGUGAUUACCGUCUUAAAACGGUAACGUUUGGUGUAAGCUCUUCACCGUACCUUGCACUACGCACCAUGCAGCAGCUCGCCCAAGACGAGGCGGCUCGCUUCCCUCGCGCUGCGCGAGUGUUGCAGAGCGAUGUUUUCGUUGACGAUGUGGUUUCGGGCGACAACAGUGAGGCUGGUGCACUUACGUUGCAGAGAGAGCUAGUGGACAUCUGCCGGACAGCAGGCUUCGAGCUUCAUAAAUGGCAUAGCAAUUCCGCGGCCAUUCUGGCUGCAGCUAGGCCUGAUUGUUCUGACGGUGAGCGGCGCGAUAGCGUCCUAUUCGCAGAGAUGGAGAAUGAUAAAAAAAUUAAAGUUUUGGGUCUCCAAUGGCAUCCUAAAAAUGAUGCUUUUGCCUUUAGUGUCAAAACAAACAGUGAAAUUUGUACGAAGCGUUCGAUUCUAUCGGAAAUUGCAAGAAUUUACGACCCACUCGGGCUUUUAUCCCCUGUCACUCUUUUUGCAAAACAUUUAAUACAACUUUUAUGGAUUGCACGCGUGGAUUGGGAUGAAACCCCACCACAAGAAAUCGUUAAUUCUUGGUCUACUUUUGUUAGUGAACUUCCACUUUUAACUCAAGUUUCUUUUCCGCGUCAUGUGUUUUCUAAAAACCGCCUUAUACAGCUUCACGGCUUUUCCGACGCAUCUGAGCGGGCGUACGCCGCUUGUAUCUACUUGCGCGUACAAAAUGAGGAAGGAGAGGUAGAUAUUUCAUUGUUACUAGCAAAAACACGAGUUGCUCCUACUAAACGUAUUUCGAUACCACGUUUAGAGCUGAUGGCGGCAUUAUUAUUAGCAAAAAUUAUGCAAAAGGUUUUACAUACCUACGUUGAGCUUAUUUCGCCUGAUCAAUUGUUUGCGUGGUCCGAUUCCACAAUCGUACUUUCAUGGUUACGUGCCGCCCCUCAUGAGUGGAAAACCUUCGUUUCCAAUCGUAUUACGGAAAUAUUACAAGCUGUACCUACGGUACACUGGCGCCACGUACCUUCCGCAGACAACCCUGCCGACGCGGCUUCGCGAGGCAUGUUACCUGCUUCAUUUUUAGAGCAUGAUUUGUGGUUUCACGGCCCACAGUGGCUACACGAGGAGGAGAGUGUCUGGCCUGUACUUCAUGAGAAGAUACAUACUGAAGAAGAAAAACGUAGUGUUGUGAUUGUAUCCAAUCCGUCUCUUUCUUCUACUCCGCCCGAUGCAGUAGAAAUUAUUUCGCGUUUUUCUUCUCUCGGUAAACUAGUACGAGUUACGGCGUUAAUAUUUCGAUUUAUUGAAAAAAUCAAAAAUCCGAAAACUACAUUUCCUUCGCAUAUUACAGUGCCAGAAUACAAUUUUACCCUAAAUCGACUUAUUUUUCUUGUACAACAUUCUGUUUUUAGUGAAGACAUUAAAAAAUUAUUAAACGGUAAAGAGGCUUCCGAUAAAGUAAGGAGAUUAAAUCCUUUCGUUGAUAAAAGUGAAUUCCUUCGUGUAGGCGGACGUAUUCAUAAGUCACUUUUACCAUUUGACUCGAAACAUCAAGUCAUUUUACCUAAGAACCAUCCACUUACAAUUUUAAUUAUUGAUGACGCACACAUAUCUAACAUGCAUUCAGGUGCACAAAGCACGCUGCACCUAUUAUUACAGAGGUACUGGAUAUUAUCUAGUCGGAACGUCGUUCGGUCUCGCAUACAUCGUUGUGUCCGUUGUUUCCGCGCGCGACCGCCGCGCUCACAGCCUUCGAUGGCUACGCUCCCCGCGACACGAUUACGUCCGGAACGUCCUUUCUUAAAAACCUCAGUGGACUUCGCCGGACCCUUUUAUGUUCGCGCAAACAAAGUGCGUAAUGCCAAGAUAACUAAAUGUUAUGUGGCCGUGUUUGUUUGUAUGUGUGUGAAGGCUAUACACCUUGAACUAGUGUCGGAGCUUUCCACUGAGGCUUUUCUAGCUUCAUUACGACGUUUUACAUCGCGCCGAGGUUUAUGUAAAGAUAUUUACUCGGACUGCGGUAGAAAUUUUGUAGGUUGUGACAGAUAUUUACAGGAGUUAUAUAACUUUUUACGAACUGAUAAGAUUCAAAGUACGCUCAAUAAUAAAAUACUUGAGCAAGGUAUAACGUGGCAUUUUCAGCCACCUUAUGCGAGCCAUUUUGGCGGACUUUUCGAAGCUGGUGUUAAAAGCUUCAAACACCACCUUCAUCGAGUAAUAGGUAAUCGCACGUUAACUUACGAUGAGAUGCACACUUAUUUAUGCCAAAUUGAGGCGAUACUUAACUCUCGCCCGCUCUGUGUGUUGAGUGCCGAUGCGAAGGAUGCCCUUCCACUUACUCCAUCUCAUUUUCUUAUCGGUGAGCCGCUGACGGCUAUCCCUGACGUUUCAUUAGAGGAAACGAAUCCUAGUCGUCUCGUUCGGUGGCGUUUAAUCCAACAGUCCAUUCAGCAUUUUUGGAGGCGAUGGAGUCGUGAAUAUUUACACGAAAUUCAACAACAGAACAAAUGGUUUAAAGGCCGCGGGUCUCCUGUUAGUGUAGACAGUAUUGUUGUAAUUUGUGACGACAAUUCGCCGCCUCUCCAGUGGAGACUGGCGCGUGUGCAUGCUGUCCAUCCUGGAUCAGACGGGAUAACGCGCGUUGUAACUUUACAAGUUGGUAGUAAUUUUAUUAAGCGACCAGUUGUAAAGAUUUGUCCUCUUCCUAUUUCUUAGAGAGUUUAAAUACUAAUAACUUAGUUUUAAUUUCACGUAUGUAAGCAUGUUUCUUUUAUUUAUUUUAAUUUCACGUAGAUUAAUGUAGGCAUGUAGGUACCUAAAGUUCGUGGCUUCCGUUCAUUCAAUUUGUUAAAAGAUCCUACGUACUUUUAAGGUGAGCGGCAUGUUCCGUAAUGGAACAGAUUUUCCUACGAAAAUAUAUUUCUGGAAUCUGGAUUGAUUUUCUUUGCAUUAUUUGUAUUUUUUACGAGUCAUGAUAGUUUGCAUUUUUUCCGUUUCUCCGAUGGCGCCACAAUCAGCGCUAAUUUCAUUAUGGACGAUCUAAUGAAUGAAAUCUUCUUGUCAAUUGAAAAGUUGUUGACACAUUGCUCUGAAGGCAGUUGCAUAUCGCAUACACCAGUAACGUCUUCAAAAUUAUCUCGUCGUGUGUGAUGUUAUUCUUUUGUUACGGAAACAAGAGAAGUGUGAAGAAAAUACUUGCUGGAGUGCAGCCCCGGGAUAACUAAGAUUGUGUUAUAUGAGUAGGCAAACCUUCUGAAGACAUACGCCGGGCCCGGCAAACCCAGUGCGCACGGCAUUCCAGGAGUUCGUUCUGACGAUCAAGAAGGAAUAUCACACAGGAUUCAUCAUCGUGCAAAUGUUGAGGUUAUGCUGCUCUACAUCAUACGUACUAAAGAAAUAAAUAAAAAUAAUUAACGAAAAUAACAUAAGUGUGAGAGUAGAAUCUGUGACGCCAACUAAAGUAAUACAUGAACAGUGUCUUCAGCUAUAAUUAAUAAAUAAUGUACUAGUGGAAAUGAGACGUUGGUUUUUAUAAUUGGAAGUGGAAUUUUAUAAUUAUUUUCGAUUCAUCAUCAUCAUCAGCCCAUUAACGUUCCCACUGCUGGAGCACGGGCCUUCCCUACAGAGUGAUAGGGAGAUCGGGCAAUAAACCAUCACGCGGGGCCAGUGCAGAUUGAUGGUUAUUAUCAACUGCUAAUGCAGCCGGGACCAAUGGCUUAACAUGCCUUCCGAAGCACAGAGGAGCUCGAGAUGAAAACUCUUUUUUUUUUGUGGUUCGAUUAUGUUGAAUAAAUUAAUCUUUAAUCUCAAACAUCUUUUUUAACUACUCUCCCAGUAAUAAUUUUUGGGUAGUGACAAGAAUUGAGAAAAGUAUGCUGCAAUAUAUAAUAGUUUAAACAUAUCAAAAGAAUGAAUGAAUAUCAACAGAGUUUUUAAACAAAUGCCAAAAGUAAGUAGGCAAGUACAUCAAACCAUCUAAAUCAGUGAUCAUAUAUGUUUGAGAAAGUUAAACAAAUGUAUCAUAAUAGAAAGUGGAAUUCCAUUGUCUCCGCUCACCUCAGUGGAAAGUUUAGCAUUCAAUUAUUACUAUCAAUUAUGGUUAGCCACACCUUUUUAAAGUAAUAUUAUUGUCGCUAUGCCCUCUCCCUAAAUUAGAAAGAAAGAAAGAAACGUUUAUUAUAAAGGGACACCACAGUAACAAAUACAAAAUAAAUAACAAAUAUAUAAUAUAAAAACUAAUAGCUAACAUAAUUAGCACUCCUAAUUUGGUGAAUAUAAAUCUAUUUAAAAGAAAAAUAAUAGUAACUAGUACAAGCUUAUAGUUAUGUAUAAUUUAUACCUCUUCGAGAGCAUAGCAGAACAGAUUAAGCAGAUUAAUACUGUGCUACUGCUAGUUUCAUGGGACGGCACAUGAAGUACAAAAAUAAAGAUAUUUAAUAUUCAACAUAAUAUAGGAAGUUAUUUACUAUAUUUAUUUUUAGUGUACAAACUACAAACAACCUGGGAUAGAUAUUUGGAAAUAGGUUACGCCGGUGAGGAUAUGGUUUGGACAUGGUGAUUUAAAACUGUCGGGAUAGAAUGGCACAUGAAGUACAGAAUAC